ACCCUUCUCUGACUUGUCCAUCAUCUUCAUCAUUCACUAUCAAUUUUCCAAGUAAUAUUUAUUAUAGCCAUAGCAGCUAGAAUAACCAGAAACCAUGAAAGCUUUUCGCUUGUUCCUAACACUAUUAAUUCCUUUCUUACUCUCCUCUUUUGUUUCUGGUUAUUCAUGGAAUGAUGUUAAGCUUUGGUGCAACCAAACUCCAAACCCUCAACCAUGUGAGUAUUUCUUGAGCAAUAACCCCACUUAUCAAUACAAACCCCUCAAGCAAAAAUCCGAUUUCCUCAAACUUUCAUUACAACUUGCUCAAGAGAGAGCACUCAAAGGCCAUGCAAACACUCUCUCACUUGGUUCAAAGUGCCGAAACCCACGUGAAAGAGGUGCCUGGGCUGAUUGUGUUGAGCUUUAUGAGCAAACUAUCCGUAAACUCAACGAAACCCUAAACCCUGACCCUAACACAAAGUACUCCCAAGUUGAUGCCCAAACAUGGCUCAGCACAGCUCUCACUAACCUUGAGACAUGCAAAGCCGGGUUCUAUGAGCUUGGUGUUCAAGACUAUGUUCUACCUUUGAUGUCUAACAAUGUUACCAAGUUGUUGAGCAACACCUUGUCACUUAACAAGGUUGAAUAUGAAGAACCAAGUUACAAAGAAGGGUUUCCAAAAUGGGUGAAGCCAGGUGACAGAAAGUUGUUGCAAUCAUCUUCACCAGCUUCUAGGGCUAAUGUGGUGGUUGCAAAAGAUGGUUCUGGAAAAUACACAACAGUGAGUGCAGCUGUAAAUUCUGCUCCAAAGAAUAGUAGAGGAAGGUAUGUGAUAUAUGUAAAGGGAGGGAUAUACAAUGAACAAGUUGAGGUGAAAUCAAAGAAUAUAAUGUUGGUUGGAGAUGGUAUUGGAAAGACUAUAAUCACAGGUAGCAAAAGUGUUGGAGGGGGCACCACAACCUUUCGUUCAGCCACUGUAGCUGUAGUUGGGGACGGAUUUAUAGCUCAAGGUAUCACAUUUAGGAACACCGCUGGUGCAAAAAACCACCAAGCUGUAGCAUUGCGUUCUGGAUCAGACUUAUCAGUGUUUUACAAAUGUAGCUUUGAAGGUUAUCAAGACACGCUAUAUGUCCACUCUGAGAGGCAAUUCUAUAGAGAGUGUAACAUUUAUGGCACUGUUGACUUCAUAUUUGGCAAUGCUGCUGUUGUGUUACAAAACUGCAACAUAUUUGCAAGAAACCCUCCCAACAAAGUCAACACCAUCACUGCACAAGGCAGAACCGAUCCAAACCAAAACACUGGAAUUUCCAUUCACAAUUCUAGAGUCACAGCUGCAUCAGAUUUGAGACCGGUUCAAAACUCGGUUAGGACUUAUCUUGGAAGACCAUGGAAGCAAUAUUCAAGAACGGUUUUCAUGAAGACUUAUCUUGAUGGCUUGAUCAAUCCAUCGGGUUGGAUGGAAUGGAGUGGUAACUUUGCAUUGAACACACUUUAUUAUGGAGAGUACAUGAACACUGGCCCAGGUUCCUCCACUGGUAGAAGAGUUAAAUGGCCAGGUUAUCGUGUUAUAACUAGGGCUUCUGAAGCCUCAAAGUUCAGUGUUGCAAAUUUUAUUGCUGGAAAUGCAUGGUUACCUGCCACCAAAGUGCCUUAUACACCUUCUCUGUAAUUAAGUGAUGCUUGUUAUUUGUUGAUUGUUUGAUUAGUUUCAUUUCUUUAAUUUGUUGUGAAUGUUAAGAUAAUGUUGUCCUAGCAUAUGCUGAUACAGUUGGAAACUUUGUACAAUUGAUAAAUUGCUUUAUUU